AUGAAGGGUUCCAUCUUCGCUACCGCCCUCACCGCCUUCUCAGCUGGUGCUUUCGCUCGCCCAGGAUCUUACGAUAGCCCUGGAAAAACCACUGCAGGCAGUCCUUUUGGCGACGGCAGCAAUGGCGGUGGCAUUGGUCUGAUCCCGGAAAAUCUAGCAGGCGGUGGUUCUGGCGAUGUUCUUUCAGCUGGGCUUUUUGGUAGCAACAACAAGGGUAUAUCGCCCACUACUGCACUCCUUGGUGGCAAGGGUGGAAAGAGUGGCAUUAGUGGUGCUUUCGACAACGCUCUUCCCACUGAGCUUCUUGGAGGCAACAACAAGGGCAGCGCUAACCCCACUGAGGCCUAUAGUGGCAGUGGUGGUCUUGGUGGAAAGGGUGGCAUUAGUGGUGCUUUUGACAACGCUCUUCCCACUGAGCUUCUUGGAGGCAACAACAAGGGCAGCGCCAACCCCACUGAGGCCUAUAGUGGCAGUGGUGGUCUUGGUGGAAAGGGUGGCAUUAGUGGUGCUUUCGACAACGCUCUUCCCACUGAGCUUCUUGGAGGCAACAACAAGGGCAGCGCCAACCCCACUGAGGCCUAUAGUGGCAGUGGUGGUCUUGGUGGAAAGGGUGGCAUUAGUGGUGCUUUCGACAACGCUCUUCCCACUGAGCUUCUUGGAGGCAACAACAAGGGCAGCGCCAACCCCACUGAGGCCUAUAGUGGCAGUGGUGGCCUUGGUGGUCUUGGUGGCAGUGGCAGUGCUCUCGACAACGUUCUACCUACUGGAAUUCUUGGUGGUAGUAGUGAGGGUAUCUCACUUCCCACUGUGCUUCCGGUUGCUGGUGGCGGAGCCAAAGCCUUCCCAAAUAUCGGUGGCGGAAACACACCUUCGGGCUUCAAGACCUAUGUCCGUGUCACCAGCACUCGCGGAAGUGAUUCUGGCUCUACUGCACCUACUGGGGCUUACUAA